UAUACUGAAUUUCAAAGAGGAAAAACAAAAUAACUAUAAUCCAUCAUCUGCUCGUUGGAAAUCCGGAUUUGUCAUGAAUCCAGCAAAUAAAAGCUGUAUAAUUUUGAAAACUGUCACGGUAAUGACGAAGAACAUUUUGUCGGAACAUUUUCAAAAAAAAAAAUGCUGCAAGAUUGAAGCAAGCUGCCGAUUCCUGUUUUUAUUUACAAAUACGGUACACAGUGAUAUUUGAGCUGUGGUUCACUUUGUUUAUUUUUUUUACUUUCACUUAAAAGCAAAUAUUUGGAAUACAAGCGCUGCGCGGUGCCAUUGAACUCAGUUCACAAGCGGCAGUUUGUGCAGAUGGUGAAUGAUUCUUCCAGUUGGAGUUUGGUUUCGAACUAAACAAAAUAAAGCAAAUAAACAAAAAAAUAUAUAUAUAUUCAGUCACAUAUAGGAGUUAUGAAUUCAGUAACGCAGUUCAUAAAUACAGUUAGGUUCGGUUUUGGAGUUUAAAGCCUGUAAUUUGUGAAUGAAAACAAAACAAAAAAAAAUCAGUUAAAGUGACAUAGAAUGACAGAAUGAAUUCCCGAGUUUUUGUUUUGAUUUUUUUGACUAUAUCCCUUUAAGAGUACUCCUCUAGGGCAGUUUUUUUUUUUUUUUUUAAUGGAGGGGGAGUGCCGCACUUCUUUGACACAGUUGCUCCCUCCUUCUGUUCAAGACUCAAGUUAGUGAUCGACAGAUCCGCGGGAACCGGGACCAGCUCCACCAGUAUGUAGCGGGACAAGUGCAACCAUGAGCGUGUUCAAGUACUCCAAACGGGAUUGUGUCCUGACCUAUUUGGGCCUGGCGUUUUUAUUGUCGGACAUCGGGCUGGAUAUCUGGACUGCGGUGUCUUUCUAUCAGGAAGAGGAAUACUUGUAUCUCGGUAUCCUGAUAUUGUUCCUCGUGGGCUCGUCGGUACUCGGUCAAGCGUUCAGCUGGCUGUGGUAUUCUUACGAUAACUUUGAACGGCUGACAAAGGUCGAGAGGUGCCUCAGUCCUCGGCAGCUCAAAGUUUUGCACUUUUUACAGCUGGGAACCUACUUCAGGCAUGCCGGCGUCGUUGAGCUCACGUCCUGCAGUUGCAUUACAAAGACCCGAGACCCAGUAGACGCCGCGGUGUUCUUGACCCAUGACCUCAGCAUGCUGCGUCUCUUUGAGGCUUUUUCAGAGAGUGCGCCGCAACUGGUGCUCAUGCUCACCAUCAUGCUGCGGCAGGGGCAGCUGGAUACUCUGACAGUGUUGAAGGCCAUCGCGUCGGCUUCCGCCAUCGCCUUCAGCGUGACCGUCUAUCACUCCUCCCUGCGCUCCUUCCUGCCUGAGAAAAAAAAGCAGCGCCCCAUCUCGGCGCUCAUCUACUUCACCUGGACUCUCCUCUUGAUCGCCUCCCGGCUGGCAGCCGUCGCCCUCUUCGCCUCGGUCCUGCCCUGCUUCAUCUUCACCCACUUCAUUUGCUCCUGGCUGCUCCUCUUCUUUUGCGCGUGGCGCUCCAAGACCGAGCUGAUGGACGGCCCCGGCGGGGAGUUGCUGUACCAGGCCAGCGUGGGCCUCAUCUGGUAUUUCAACUGGUUCACUGUGGUGGAAGGAAGGACUAGAUACAAAUUGUUGUUCUAUCACAUCUUCAUCUUGCUUGAUAUGUCCUUAAUGUGUGGUUUGUGGUGCUGGAGGACGCACACACGACAACCCCUUCCUUUUAAAAUCCCCCUUUUUUAUGCCUGCCUCACUGGUGUCAGCGUGGUCGGACUUUACAUACUCGGCCUGAUUCUCAAAAUCAUCUACUACAAGUGCUACCAUCCAAACUUGAACAAAGAGGACCUGAAAGGGGACGCCAGUAGCACUACAGAGAAGGGAGGCGUGUUCUCAGCCCGUAAUUUGGCGCUGGAGGACAGCGUUCCUCGCUUUUGCGAUCGAAGUCACGUGGGUGAAGAUUUACCGGACGGGGCUGUGGCCCAGGCGGACAGCAAACUUUACAAUAAGAGAAUGAGGAAGCUGGCGGAGAAUUUCUUCUCAUGACACGUUCACUUGACUUGCACGUGGAUGACUCACGCACAGACGUGAUGUAUGAUUUAUGUCACAAGGGAAUGGCUCUCCAACCUCAACGUGGAGCUCUUGACAUUCUGUUGUUAGAUGCUUAUUGUUAUUUUAUUUUGAAUUUGUUCAUCGGUUCUGUAUGUACAUUGGACAAGCUGUUACAGUGUCACUGAUAGUGAACCGCGUAAGUCUGAUAACUCAAGACGGUGUAUGUGCCACAUUUUAAGGCUCCGUACUAAAAAGAUAAGAGCAAAAAAUAUGAAAGUGAAACUCACAAUAGUGGAUUUGAUUGUUUGGUUAGGUACAUCUGCACAAUCUAAUACAGUGAAGAGAAUAAGUAUUUGAACACCUUGCUAUAUUGCAAGUUCUUCCACUUAGAAAUCAUUCUAUUGGGUUUAGGUCUGGGACUGGCUAGGCCACGCCAGAACCAUGAUAUGCUUCUGACGGAGCCACUCCUUAGUUUUCCUGGCUGUGGGCUUCGGGUCAUUGUCAUGUUGAAAGACCCAGCCAUGACCCAUCUUCAAUGCUGUGACAGAGGGAAAGAGGUUGUUCCCCAAAAUCUCACAAUACAUUGCUGGGGUCAUCCUCUCCUUAAUAGAUUGCAGUCGUCCUGUUCCAUGAGCAGAAAACCCCCCCAAAGCAUCAUGCGACCACCCCCAUGCUUCACAGUAGGGAUGGUGUUCUUGGGAUGGAACUCAUCAUUCGUCUUCCUCCAAACACGGUUAGUGGAAUCACCAAAAAGUUCCAUUUUGGUCUCAUCUGAGUACAAAACCUUCUCUCCUCUGUAUCAUCCAAAUGGUCAUUGGCAAACUUAAGAGCGGCCUUGAAAUGUGCUGGUUUAAGCAGGGGAGCCUUUUGUGCCAUCCAUUAUUUCAAACCAUAACGUCUUAGUGUAUUACCAACAAUCACCUUGGAAAUGGUGGUCCCAGCUCUUUUCAGGUCAUUGACCAAGUCCUCUCGUGUCAUCCUGGGCUGAUUCCUCCCCUUUCUAAGGAUCAUUGAGACACCAUGAGGUGAUAUCUUGCAUGGGGCUCCACUCCGAUUGAGAUUGAUCAUCCUGUUUAUCGUUUUCCAUUUUUUAAUGAUUCCUUACAGUGGACCUUUUUUCACCAAGCUGCUUGGCAAUUUCUCCGUAGCCCUUUCCAGCCAUGUGUUGUACAAUUUUGUCUCUCGUGUCUUUGGACAGUUUUUUGGUCUUGGCCAUGUUACAAGUUUGAGUCUUACUGACUGUAUGGGGUGGACAGGUAUCUUUAUGCAGCUAACGACCUCACACAGGUACAUCUGAUUCAGGACAAUACAUGGGGGUGAGGUGGAAUUUUAAAGGCGGACUAACAGGUCUUUGAGGGUCAGAAUUCUAGCUGACAGACAGCUGUAAAAAUACCUUUUUGCAGCUGUAUCACACAAAUAAAUUGUUAAAAAAAAAUCAUAGAUUGUGAUUUCUGGAUUUUUCUUUUUAGAUGAUCUCUCUCACAGUGGACAUGCACCUACGAUGAAAAUUUCAGACCCCUCCAUGAUUUCUAAGUGGGACAACUUGCAAUAUAGUAGGGUGUUCAAAUACUUAUAGUGAAAACACACACACACACACACACACACACACACAUACAGAUAAACAGUAUGUGCCUGCCUACUGAUGCACUUCCGGUAUAUAGCUACUCAUACAUGCCUAUUUAAAUACUUAUAGUACAUUUAAUGUCAUUGUAUUUAUGAAUGUAAUUAAAAUAACACCUGUUUUUCAGAUUGCGACCAAAUGAAAGAAACCUUUUCGCUGGAUAUUAGUGUACUCUGCUUAAAUAUGAAAAGACACUGGUCUGUGUAUUUACAAUGUACUGACUUUAUCAGAUAAACAGGAAAUCCUUACAGAGACGAGUUGAGGUCCUGAACGGCUAAAGUGGUAAAAAAAAAAAAAAACAAAAAAAAAAAAAAAAACAAAAAAGACCGUCACGAGUCCUUACCAAGAGAUGAUAAAAAAUAAAAAGCAAAUUUUAGGUUGAAAAAGUUGUCAGAGACUAUUGUACUUACAACAUUGCAUCCCCGUUGUUUACUUGAAAACAAACAUUGCAUGCAGGGUACUCACGGAACAAAAUUAUUUCAUGUCAGUCAUUGCAGGGGCAUUCUGUAUAUUGUGCAUAAAGUGAACAAAAAUAAUGGGUUUUAUCCUUUGUUCAACUUGCCCCUUCCCCCGCCUAUUUUAGUAAUUCCAAGCCAGUAAUACCACGUACAAUAUUACUUACGUAUUGAUUGUCUCCAAGCCAAUAUGAUGUCACAGCAACUAAUUUGAAUCUAUUCAACAGGAACACAGAGCACACGCAACUCAUGAGCUAUUUGAAUACAUUUAAAACAAAAUGGUUGCCGACUUCUAAACAAGAAAAAAAACGACAAUUUGAAAGAACUUCCAAAAAGAUCUGAAUUCCAAAGAAAACAGCAUUAAAAAAAGGAGAACUAUAACACUUAAGAUAACAUAAUACAAUGUUACGCGGAUUAAACAAACUCUUACACCUUUCCCUUUGAGAUUAUGCAUAUAGAUGGUUAAAGGCACAAUAUAAAUAUGCAAACACAAUAAAAAAAAAAACACACACACAACCAAAUGCACACAAAUACACAUUCUUAACGGUCCAAAAGCUGCAAGUGAGUAAAAGAAGAAACCUUCAGGCUCAGAAUUGUUCAGUCAUCCAUGCCACGUGGACAUGAGGUUGACCUAGCCUCCAAACUAUAUUUAACGAGCAAUCAAAAGAUGUAUUGCACAGUUGCCAUCUCAUUAGUACCGUUUCCGUCCGCAUGACAACGGAACCUUGUCAUGCCGUGUUCUCCUACAUUUACCAAAAGUCCAAAUCCAUUCCCCAAACUGUGAUGUAAACAAUCAAAGCAUUUGGCUCGCAAACCUAAAUCAAAUUUGUUGACUGACUCAAUUAAUACGGCGAUGCUUUUGCUGUAAUUUUUUUUUUUUUUGGGUUAACAUUUGGUUUGACAUUCAAUUGCAUCAAUAAGCACUUUCCGAAAAUAUAUGUAACAAGCCCAGUGAUUUAUGAGCUGAUUUGCCAAAAUGCAUUCAAUAGUUCUUUGCUACAUUGAGACAGGAGAAAAAAAAGACACCUACUCAGUGUUUGCGGGAGUGGAGUCUGGCCGAGUUUAGUAAAACCAAAACGAGAAAUCGGAAAAUGCGACUUUGAUAAAUUAUUUACAAGGGUCACAUUCUUCUCUGCUCAUUUAAACAAAAGAAAAAUGGCCAACAAAUCAUAUUUAAUACCAUGUUACUUAUCUUAACACUCUGGAAGGACACUUGGGCUUGUGCGAUGAGGCAGCCAAAGGGGCCAACAGAUGAGAGUUGAUGAAUGUUUGCUCUCAUGGGGGAAUUUU